AUGCCCGUGGUGGCAGGAACUGCUGGCCAUGGCCCCUGCGACCCUGGACCUUGCAAGGUCAUCAUCCAGCCCCAGUGGUUUUGUGGGGACAGUGAUCCAGUCCCUGCUUGGAGCCAGGCCCCUCCUGAAGCCUCGCGCAGGCCCAACAGUGUCUAUGAGAACUUCCAGCGCUGGAAGCUUUUGAAGGCUCUGACCCGGAGGUACCUUCCCAGGACUCCUGACACUGAAGUCCUUUCCUGCUUCCUCAUCCCGGUGUUUCGCACUCUGGCCCGCCUGAAGCCCACCAUGAGCCUGGAGGAAGGCCUGCGCCUGGCCCUUCGGGAAUGGCGGGGCACGAGCAACUAUGACCGCAUGAUCUACUCCGACAUGGCGGCCAAGUUCAUGGAGUUCGAGGCCGAGGAGGAGAUGGAGGUGCAGAAACUGCAGUGGACGAACGGGGUGCAGGGCCUGCCACUCCCCGCCCCACCCAGCACAUCCCAUGCUGCCUCAGGCGUCAGACUCACCUUUGAAGUGGGGUCGGAGACCCUGGGGACACAGUUGGUCCCUCCUCCCAUUGAGGGCCACCUCAUCCCUCACGCAGCCACUGGAUUCCAGGGCCCUGAUCCAGCCCACUGGGACCUGUCCCCAACUCUGUGCUCAACACACAAACCUCAGCAGCCCCCCAAGUCCAAGGCCCCCGAGGAGAUCCCUCCUGAGGCCGUGCAGGAGUACAUGGACAUCAUGGACGAGCUGCUAAAGGCCCCCGACUCAGUCUGCAGGGCGCCCCUCGGCCAACGGGCAGUGGACAGGGAGGAGCAGCAGGAGGAGCCUGGGACCUACCCUGACCCGGGGCUCUUGAGCUAUGUGUACGAGCUGUGCUCCCAGGAGGACUUUGUCACCAAGGUUGAGGCGAUCCUUCAUCCCAGCUUCCUGGAGCUCCUGCUCUGCCCAGAGUCCCAGCUGGAUCUCCUGGACCUGGCUGAGGAGCUGGAGAAGGAGGAAGGAAUUGUGGACAAGCGUCUGCAGGCCUCAAAGGCUAAGGAGGUCAUGAAGGCUUGUCCCCAACACCAGGUCCUGCCUUUUGCCAUUGUGAAGGCUGAUAAGCUGUAG